AUGGCCCAGAAAGCGGCCAAGUCUUUGGCUAGCCGCAAUGCGGCGGUCCUCAACCGCACUCACCUCAUCUCGGCCGCAAUUCAUAUCAUCUUCCUCUUCCUCCACUUCAUGUUCCGGCGCCCCGGCUCACUGAAACGUUAUAUCUUCCUUGGUGUCCCAACUCUCGUCAUUGAAUUCUACUUGGACAAAGUUGGCCGUCCGCGCUAUAAUGAGGAUGGCUCCCUCCGCUCGGCCGGCGAGGAUCUCAACGCCACUGGUUUGACCGAAUACAUGUGGGAUGUGCUGUAUUGGACUCAGGGCUGCAUCGUCGCUGUCUGCAUCUUCAAUGACCGUGCUUGGUGGCUUUGGGCCGUGGUUCCCCUGUACUCGAUCUAUCUAGCCUAUACUACAAUCAUGGGAGUGAAGAAGGGAUUCGCUGGCAUGGGUGGUGGCGGCGAUGCCGAAGGCGAAGAAGGUCCCAAAAGCAAGACGCAACAGAAGAAGGAGAAGCGAGGCGAUCGGCCCAAGUACAGAACCCGUUAA